AAAAGAUAUCUCUAUGAACAAUCCAGAAAUACUUGAUUACAAAAAUGAGACCACCUUAUUACUACUGUGGAACUCUUCUCCUACUCAUACUUGGAUUCAGUAAAUCAUAUGCAUAUCAAGAAGGUAAGGUAACCGGCAGCAGAUUCUUUAUCUUUGGCGACUCUACUGUUGAUGCCGGAAACAAUAAUUAUAUCAGUACCACGCCUGAAAAUCAAGCAGACUACCCUCCAUAUGGUCAUAAUGGAUACUUUGAGAAACCCACGGGCCGAUUCUCAGAAGGCAGAAUAGUUGUCGAUUUUAUAGCGGAAUAUGCCCAACUGCCGUUGAUUCCUCCAUUCCUACAACCAUCUGCUGAAUACGUGAAUGGCGUAAAUUUCGCCUCAGCUGGAGCAGGAAUUCUUCCUGAAACCAACCAGGGUUUGGUGAUUGAUCUCAAAACACAACUAAAUCAUUUCGAGCAAGUGAGACAAUCACUGAUCGAAGAUCUGGGGGAAGCAGAAGCCAACACAGUUUUGUCAGAAGCUGUUUAUAGCUUUAGUAUCGGAAGUAAUGAUUAUAUGGGCGGUUAUCUAGGUAACCCCAAUAUGCAACAGAUGCAUGACCCGGAGGAAUUCGUAGGAAUGGUGAUUGGAAAUUUGACACAAGCCAUACAAGAAUUGUAUGCGAAAGGGGGGAGGAAAUUCGCCUUCUUAAGCUUGUCAUCACUGGGUUGUUUACCAGUGCUUAGAGCACUUAAUCCGAGAAAGGAAGGUGGGUGUUUUGAAGAAGCUACAGCGCUGGCCAUGGCUCAUAAUAACGCAUUCAGCUCUGUCCUUGCUAACCUUGAACAUCUGUUGAAAGACUUCUCCUACUGCAACUCCAAAUUUUCCAUUUGGCUUGAUGACAGAAUCAACAAUCCCCUUAACCAUGGUUUCAAAGACGGGAUAAACGCAUGCUGCGGGAUAGGACCUUAUGGGGGUAUUUUCACAUGUGGUGGAACAAAAAAUAUGACUGAAUACAAAUUAUGUGAGAGUCCUGAUGAUUAUGUGUGGUGGGAUUCUUUUCAUCCUACAGAGAAAUUACAUGAACAACUAGCUCAAGAACUAUGGUACGGUUCCCCUGACGUCGGUCCAUACAAUCUACAACAAUUAUUCUCUGGAAAUAAUAAAAAGUUCAUUAUAGCUGAUGUCGUAGACGAUCCAAGUUACGAGCAAAAGUAUUAGAUCUGAGCGUUUCACUUGAAAUUUGAGGUUCGAUUAUCACAUAUACGGAAUGAUCAUAUCCAAGACAUAACCUUGUGUUGCUUGAUUUAUACUAUGUAAGAAGAUACAAUUUGUCAACUAAUAAUAAUUGUGAUAAAAA